AUGGGCAGUUAUAGACCACCACCGUCGACAUCAAUAGAUGUUAACUAUGCUCAAAAACUUGCAAGACCAAAGUCACCUAUCGGUAAAGCAAAAUUUAUAAUCAAUCAUGAAAAACAUAAAUGCCAGUUUAUAUUCAGAGCUUCCAACAAGUAUUGCACUUUUUCUUCAAAAUUUGGCAUUAAUGAUUAUUUUUGGGAUAUGCUCAACGGAAGGUUGAGAGCAGGCAAAAAAGGCUUGUAUAAGAGUAUAAUAAUCUUUCUUAGCGCCCAUUCACUUCGAGCUUCUCAAUUUCAGUCGCCGCAAAUGCAGGAUGCACAUUCUUAA